AUGGCGAAACCUACAUUUCCCCUGUCGUCGCAUGAGAAAACGAGGGUCGAGGAUUAUCUCAAUGAUAAAAUACAAGUAUCUGCCGACUUCGAAAGCCUUGAUUCGCUGUUGACCAGUUUACGCGCUCAGCAUGAGCUCCAACGGAAGCAGCUGGCAGAAGCACAACAAGCACUGUUGAACGCCACCAAAGCCUCCAACGACCAUGCCGAAGCCACACGACAACGAGCCGAAGCCUUUGGGGAGCAACAAGAGGAUAUCGAUAAGCGAUUGAAAGCGGUUACGGGAUCGGAUGCGAGCGAUGUGGCAGCAAAACGGUUCGAAGUGAGCAUGGACAAACUUCGCAGACUGGAGAUAUCGAGGGGCUAUGUGAACCUGCUGAGGGAAGCUGAAGAAUUGAGCAAGGAGGCUUUGGGCCACAUACAGUCAUCGCCUCGCCUGGCAAUAGAACCCUACACGCGGCUGAGAAACGUUGUUCAGUCGUUGCAGGAUGCCCAACCAGCAGCCGAAGGAGCGGCCUCUCAUCUGGUGGACUACGUGGGGAAGCUGGCCACUGGGUUGAGAGAGCAAAUGAAAGAUAACUUCACUAAACGGCUCCAAGCGACGUUAGAACAAAUGAAGUGGCCCUCCAAAGAUUUUCAUCUGCCGGAUGAGUUGAAGGCACAAUGGGCUGAGAACGUUGAGUUGCUGCUUGAUCUGCAGACACCUGAGCUUAAGGGUCGUGAUAUCACUCUAAAGCGGCAUGCUGUUGAACCGCAAAUUCUGUUACCACUGGAAGUGAUGGUCCACCCGCUAGAGCUUCGCUUCAAGUACCAUUUCAGCGGUGACAAGCCAACAAAUAGACUUGACAAGCCUGAGUACUUUCUCAGUCAUGUCGUGGACUUGGUCAACAAGUUUGGUGGCUUCUUCGCUUCUUCAUUACAACCAAUCUUUGACCAAAAGGCUCAGGACGUGGGUCCCAAUCUGGAGUGGAAUUUCUACAAUGCCUCUCACGCUUUUAUCACUGCACUUCUGCCAAUGCUAAGGCAUAAGCUGGCUACAUUCCUUCCUAGCAUUUCCGCACAACCACAACUGCUCAGCCAUCUUGUACAUGAGCUGAUGAACUUUGAUAAUGAGAUCCGGGAGGCAUGGAAUUAUCUUCCUGAUCCUUAUUCCAUGGAAAAUUGGAAUGGAAUGACGUGGGAAGUGCUCACCAAGGAAGGCUGGUUCGAUCGCUGGCUCCAGGUUGAAAAGGAGUUCGCAUUGGCUCGCUAUGAAGAGAUCAUAGAGGCACCAGACAGUGGCCAUAUUGACUAUGAAGGUUUCGAACUCUCCGCGUCUAAACCGACUAAAGCAGCUAUCCGCGUAAACGAUUUGCUUGAAACGAUUACGGAACGAUAUCAGCCUUUGUCGUCAUUUAGCCAGAAGCUGCGUUUCCUCAUUGAUAUCCAGAUUACGAUCUUUGAUCAGUUUCAUGAGCGCUUGCAUUCUGCACUCGAGGCCUAUCUCGCAAUGACCUCGACUAUUGGCCGUACAGUACAGGGUGCUGACGGACAGGCUAGUGUGGAAGGCGUGGCGGGAUUGGAACGGCUGUGCAGGAUUUUUGGUAGUGCUGAGUACCUCGAAAAGAAGAUGGAAGACUGGAGCAAUGAUGUGUUCUUCGUGGAACUGUGGUCUGAGCUGCAAGAACGAGUGAAACAGAACAAGGACAGCGGGGAGAAUGUGGCAGGUCAGAUGUCCCUGGCAGACGUCGCCUCGCGCACCUCGCAGGCGGUUGCUAGGGGCACCAGCUCCGCAGAACAAGGCACAACAUCAGAUGGCGCCCUUUUCGAUGAAACAGCUUCCGCAUAUCGCCGCCUUAGAUUGCGUUCAGAGACCAUUCUGACCUCGAACUUGACCUCGAGUACCCAGACAGCUCUCAAGCCCUAUGCUCGCACGUCCACUUGGGCUACCGUCUCGACCACCGCCGCCUCUGCGGGAUCUUCGCUUCCACCAUCCGCCGACCUUGCACCCACUUUGCGAACCUUGUCCACCAGCAUUUCGUUCCUCUCGCGUGCACUGGGUAUCGCCCCUUUGCGCCGCAUCAUUCGCCAGGUCCUUCUCUCCAUUCAAACCAACCUGUGGAGUAACGUCCUCAUGCGGCACCAGUUCUCAGCCGCGGGGGCAUCUCAGUUCAUUAGCGAUAUUGAUCAUCUCUGCAACGUCGUCGAUGUUGCAUUAGGACCCGCUGGCCAAUCUGGUGGCUCUAUCAGAGCCAUGAAGAAACUCAGUGACGGUCUUCUCCUAUUGGGCUUGAACGCUGCUACUCCGAGGGAUGGUGCAUCGCCAUCGGAGGGCACCGAUGCUGAGAAAGACAAACAGACUGGGCUCUGGGAGGUAGAAAAGAGGCUCUUCACGGACAAUGAAAGUGCGCGCGAAGUCCUUGCUGAGCUGGAUAUCGAAACCUUGACUGAGGCAGAGGCCAGAUCUGUGCUCGAGAGGCGAGUGGAAAUUGGUUCUUGA